CAAAACCCUAGCGCUCCUCCCUGUUCUUCAUUCUACUCCAUCUUCACUCCCCCUCCUCACCCAAACCCUACAAAAUGGCCGCCGCCGCGCGCCCUCUUGUCUCCGUCCAAACCAUAGAGUCCGACAUGGCUACUGAUGCCACUCCAACCGUUCCUCUCGCUGAUGUGAUGAAAGCCUCGAUUCGACCCGACAUCGUCACCUUCGUUCACGACAAUAUAUCCAAAAACAGCCGUCAACCCUAUGCCGUCUCCAAACGCGCUGGUCACCAAACUUCAGCUGAAUCCUGGGGUACCGGUCGUGCCGUCUCACGUAUCCCUCGUGUUCCUGGUGGGGGUACUCACCGUGCAGGCCAAGGUGCUUUCGGAAACAUGUGUCGCGGUGGACGCAUGUUUGCUCCUACCAAGAUCUGGCGCCGCUGGCACCGGAAAAUCAACGUUAACCAGAAGCGUUACGCCGUUGCUUCUGCCAUCGCCGCCUCCGCUGUUCCUUCCCUCGUCAUGGCACGUGGCCACCGCAUUGAGGCUGUACCGGAGAUGCCGCUGGUCAUUUCCGACGCUGUUGAGAGCGUUGAGAAAACCUCGGGUGCAAUCAAGGUUUUGAAACAGAUCGGAGCAUAUCCUGAUGUUGAAAAGGCUAAGGACAGCCAAGAAAUCCGACCCGGAAAAGGAAAAAUGAGGAAUCGGAGGUACAUUUCCCGUAAAGGUCCUUUGAUUGUUUACGGAACUGAGGGAGCUAAGCUUGUUAAAGCCUUCCGUAACAUUCCUGGAGUGGAGGUUGCCAACGUGGAGAGGCUUAAUCUGUUGAAACUGGCACCUGGUGGUCACCUUGGAAGGUUCAUUAUUUGGACCAAAUCGGCUUACGAGAAGCUGGAUACGAUUUACGGGUCAUUUGAUAAGCCUUCUGAGAAGAAGAAAGGGUACGUACUGCCUCGAUCUAAGAUGGUGAAUGCUGAUCUGGGUAGGAUUAUCAACUCUGAUGAGGUGCAGUCGGUUGUGAAGCCCAUUAAGAAGGAGAUCAAGAGGGCACCUUUGAAGAAGAACCCACUCAAGAACUUGAAUGCUAUGCUGAAGUUGAACCCAUAUGCGAAGACUGCUAGGAGGAUGUCUCUUUUAGCCGAGGCACAACGUGUUAAGGCUAAGAAGGAGAAGCUUGACAAGAAGAGGAAGCCCAUUUCUAAGGAGGAGGCAACAGCAAUCAAGUCAGCAGGCAAAGCAUGGUAUCAGACUAUGAUCUCCGACAGUGACUACACAGAAUUUGAGAACUUCUCUAAGUGGUUGGGUGUGUCUCAGUAAUUUUAGUUUUUGAUUUAGAUAUUUGUUGCAGACAAUGUUUUCAGCUUUGUUAUGGUGUUGUCCUUUUAGUUAUUUUGGUGUUUUGAGUUGUGGGUGGAAGGAAAAUUAGUGAAAUAUCAUGCUUUAAUACGCUUCUGUUUUGUCCUCCUCCGCUGUUUUCGCAUUCUAUGGCUAGUGGAAUAGUUUCUAUAAUAUGAGAACAAGAAAUUAAUCAGUUUACAA